AUGCCAGCCAUUGUGGCAGCCGUGCGUUCUAUUGUGGAGGAGGCGAGCAAAUCCAAAGGCCAACUGUAUCGCGGCUGGGAGCAUGGCGCAACAAUCGACUUUGUCGACACAAAGUGUUCUUCGGCAAUCGGCCCUCUCGUCGCCUUCGACUACUACAUUCGCGGAAAAGUAGACGUCUUUCUCGGUCCCGUCUGUCCGUACGUGCUCGCCCCUGUCGCCCGCUACACCAGCUUCUGGGACGUUCCUCAUCUCACUUCUGCGGGACAGGUUUCCAUGUUCGAUGACAAGAACAUCACAUUCCGCAUUCUGACGAGAAUGAAUGGCUCCUUCUCGCAAAUGGGCCAAUUCUUCAAUCAGAUCCUGAAUCGCUUCAACUGGAAGACUGUCUUUUUUCUCUACACAGAUCCAAACGAUCGCAGUAAAGGCCAUUCACUGUGCCACUUUUCGCUGGCGUCCGUUUUUAUGAGUAUGGGCCCAAAGGCGGUGGAGCUGAAGCGCAGCUUUGACGAGGAAGAGGAAGAGUCCUAUGAAGACUACCUGAAAGAUGCGUCGAUGAAGUCACGCAUCAUCAUAAUGUGUGCCAAAAAAGACACCGUCCGUCGCAUCAUGAUCACCGCCUACAAAAUGGGAAUGGUGCAAACAGGAGAAUUUGUUUUUAUCACAGUUGAACUCACUACUGGAUUGGAUGCCUCGCAGCGCCCUUGGGAGCGUGCUGAUGCCUCGCAAGAGGAGAAUGUUAUGGCAAAGGAAGCCUACACUUCGCUGAUUCGUGUCACUCCGAAGAUGCCGCAGACGGCAACUAUCAACUCUUUUCUUGAGUCAGUAACGAAGAUUGCAAUGACGGAAUUUAAUUACAGUCAGUACGGCAGAGGAGAGGUGAGCUCAUACGCAACGGCAUUUCAUGAGGCUGUCCAUCUGUAUGCACUGGGACUAAAUGAUACCCUUUCCGAUGGCCACUCUGCGCCCAAUGGCUCUUCUAUCACUCGCAAAAUGUGGGACCGAACGUUUAUGGGCAUUGCCGGGAAUGUGACAAUAGACGCUAAUGGUGACCGACUCGUCGAUUAUUCGCUCUUUGACAUGAACCCCGUGACAGGCGAUUUUGAAGCGGUCAUGAUCUUUGACUCUAAACUGAAUGAAUUUUUUGAGCUACCUGGCAAGAAGAUUCAUUGGACUAAUGAUCGUCUUGGACCCCCUCCUGACACUCCUCCUUGUGGUUUUGAAGGUGAACUUUGUCUUUCCGAUGAAGCAGAACAAUCUUUUCAGGUUUCAAUAUCAUCCGACACAAUGCCACUAGUGAAUGGCACCCAUGGAGGAGCGCAAAUGUUUGCUCGGACAGGCAUCUACAGAAAUGUUGUGGUAGCUUUGAAACCAAUUGAGAAAACUCGUAUUGAAUUGACUCGUUCACUUUUGAUUGAACUUAAAAACAUGAAAAACUUGCAGCAUAACCACAUUGUGACCUUUAUUGGUGCUUGUCUGGAGCCAACGAACAACUCGUGCUUUAUUGUAACAGAGUAUUGUCCAAAGGGUUCAUUGCAGGACAUUUUAGAGAAUGAAGAGAUCAAGCUAGACUGGAUGUUCCGGUACUCGCUCAUGCACGAUAUUAUCAAGGGAAUGUCUUUUCUACACGCCAGCGAGAUGCACGUUCAUGGAAACUUAAAGUCGAGCAACUGCGUUGUGGACAGUCGAUUUGUGCUUAAAAUUACCGACUUUGGAUUGCACUCUCUACGACAGCCCAGUUUGGGCUCCUCAAACCGUCUACCGCUGCCGAAUGAGGUAGACGAGACGCACUACUCCUACUGGAGACAAAAAUUUUGGACUGCACCAGAACUGUUGCGACUUUGGCUCAAAACGGCAGAAUGCAACGGAAUUAAGCAACAACAGCAGUUACAGUCUCAAAUUUUGCACGGAACGCAAAAAGGAGAUAUAUAUAGCUUCGCUGUUAUUUGUCAUGAGAUACUUCUUCGCCAAGGGACAUUUUAUUUAGGCGAUGAGGAGGACAUGAGCCCUCGAGAGAUAAUUUACAAUGUCUGUGAGAAUGGCUUGAGACCACGACUGGAGGAGCACAUGGCCGAGCACGAAGCAGUACUGCAGAUGGUCAACCGGUGUUGGCAUGAGGAUCCAAAUGAAAGGCCUGACUUUGUCACUCUGCAAUCCAUCAUCCGGCGCAUCAAUAAAGAAAAUGAAAGUUCUAACAUUUUGGACAACCUACUUAAACGCAUGGAGCAGUACGCGAAUAAUUUGGAAUCACUCGUGCAAGAACGAACCGCCGAUUACCUCGAGGAGAAACGCAAAGCAGAGGAUCUGCUGUACCAACUUUUGCCUAGAUCGGUGGCAAGCCAGCUGAUUAGAGGCACUUCGGUGAGGGCAGAAUCUUUUCAAGAGGUGACCAUCUACUUUUCUGACAUUGUUGGUUUUACGAAGCUUUCAGCACAAAGCACUCCUAUGCAGGUCGUCGAUGUGCUCAAUGAUCUCUAUACAUGUUUUGAUUCAACUAUAGAACAUUUUGACGUUUACAAAGUUGAAACAAUAGGUGAUGCGUACAUGGUAGUGUCUGGACUUCCGGUUCGCAAUGGUGAUCGCCACGCACGCGAAAUUGCCAAAAUGUCACUAACGCUGCUUUACGCAGUUCGCUCUUUCAAGAUUAGACAUAGACCUGGAGAGCAACUUAUGCUCCGAAUUGGCAUUCACUCAGGUUCGUGCGUGGCAGGCGUAGUCGGCAUGAAGAUGCCCAGGUAUUGUCUCUUUGGGGACACUGUCAACACUGCGUCCAGAAUGGAGUCUACAGGCCUUCCGCUGCGCAUUCACGUAAGCGAGUCCACAAAGAAGCUUCUAGACAAUACCAAUGAAUUCGAGCUUAGUUUGCGUGGCGAAAUUGACGUAAAAGGAAAAGGAGUAAUGACAACUUACUGGUUAACUGGGCUGUCAGACCAGGCAAACAACAACAACAACAAUAACAUUACCGACACGUCUGACUACUUGUGCACUAGCAGUCAGCGGUCAGUGUGCGAAGGAUGCAGUCCCAUGGAGGAUGGCGAUUCUUCAGAGAGAUCACACGAUUACUAUCCACCAGAAGUGAACACCAAAAAGAAUGAUCUCACCGCCGACCUGACAGUACUCUCAGUGGGGAUCCACGAGCCAAACAACCUCAGCACGGUGAAGAUCUCUACUGCAUGA